AGGUGUGGCGAAGCGGCCGCGCGGUGCACGCCGGGACGGCGCAUGGCGGACCCGGACGGUCCCGGUGCCUGCGGGGAAGAGGCGGAGCAGGACGAGGAGUCCCCGGUCUCGGACCCUGAGCUGGGCGCUUCGGCCGACGCUGACAUGGAGCUGCUCCGGACCCUCCUGUCCCGGACCCUCGGGCUCGGGGGGGACAAACCCGAGCGGGUGCUGGACGAGCUGUCCCUGGACGGAGUGAGCCGGUUCCUGCGGAGCGAGCGGUGUAAGAACAUCGUCUGCAUGGUGGGCGCCGGGAUCUCCACCUCCGCCGGGAUCCCCGAUUUCCGCUCCCCUGGCACGGGGCUCUACGCCAACCUGCAGAGCUACGACCUGCCCUACCCUGAGGCCAUCUUUGAGAUCAGUUUCUUCAAACAAAACCCUGAGCCUUUCUUUGCCCUUGCGCGUGAGCUCUACCCAGGGCAGUUCAAGCCCACGGUGUGUCACUACUUCAUGCGGCUGCUGCAGGACAAGGGGCUGCUGCUGCGCUGCUACACCCAGAACAUCGACACCCUGGAGAGGGUGGCAGGGCUGGACCCGGAGCGGCUGGUGGAGGCUCACGGCACCUUCUUCACCUCCCACUGCCUGCGCCCCUCGUGCCGCCAGCCCUACAGCCUGAGCUGGAUGAAGGGUAUGGGGGGGCUUUGGGGACCCCCUGGAACCCCCCCAAACACUUGGGACCCCCAGGUGCCCUCCCCGGUGCUGGGGAGGGGGAAGAAGCACCUGCCCCCCCCUUGUCACCCCUUUUGCUCCCCCCAGAGUGACCCCCUGAUGUCCCUGAUGGGCUUCGGCUGCGGGAUGGACUUCGAUUCGGAGAAGGCCUACAGGGAUGUGGCCUGGCUGGGGGACUGUGACAGCGGGUGCCUGGCUCUGGCCGAGCUGCUGGGCUGGAAGGAGGAGCUGGAGGAGCUGGUGAGGAGGGAACACGCCGCCAUCGACGCCAGGGGGGGCGACAAGGACCGGGACGACCCCGAAAACCGUCGGGGGCACAAGGAAAAGGGGGACCCCAAACAGCGUCAGGGGCACAAGGACGAGGCUCAGAGGGACCCUGAAAAGCCCCAGGGGGGCAGCGAGAAACCCCCCCAGAGCGAGGGGGACACACCCCAAAAAUAAAUGGUCUGAAAAGA